AUGAACAUUGCUACGUACAAUAUUAGAUCAAUAGCGACAGAAGACAGAACUGAAGAAUUGGAAGCGGAAAUAGGAAAAAUCAAAUGGGACGUGAUUGGCAUAAGUCAUAAGCUCUAUUAUAAGGAACGCGAAAACUCCAGUCCGGGAGGCGAAGGCAUACUGAUACACAAGAGACUACCAGACAACGUAAGAAUGCUUAAAGCUAUAUUCGAAAAAGUAAUAUACGUAACAAUCCAAAUUAAUAAACAGGAAACACUAAAGAUAAUUCAGGAAUGCGCAACAAUUUAUUGUCAUCACAACAUCACAUCACAAGUUUUAGUAAUCGGCGACUUCAACUGCAAGAUUGGAGGCCAAGCAGACCCAGGGGAAAAAUACGUAGGCAAACACGGGCUGGGAAAAAGAAAUCCCAGAGGCUCAAUGAUGGUAGACUUUCUGGAAGAAGAACAUCUCUAUAACGCUAACACCUUAUUCCAAAAAAACCCCAACCGCAAAUGGACCUGGGCAAGCCCAGACAGGAGAACUUUCAACCAGAUCGACUACAUUCUCACGAAGAACAUCCAAAUAGUACAAAACGUAGAGAACGGUACAAGAAUUCUACGCAGACCUAUACGAGACGAGAGUACCGACAUAUCCGAGCAAGACCAGGAAGUGAAACUCACGAACGUCAACUCGGAAGACAUACCUGAGAUUACAGAAGACGAGAUCAGAUCAGCAUUACAUCACAUAAAGAAUGGGAAAGCAGCGGGCGAAGAGGGGAUACUAACGGAGAUGUUAACACAAGGUGGCGAUAUACUAGUAGAACAACUAGAAAUAUUGUUCAAUAAAUGCCUGGAAAAUGAGGACAUACCACAGGACUGGACAAACGCCCUCGUGAUAAUCAUCCACAAAAAGGGAGACACCGAGAACCUAGAAAACUACAGACAUAUCAGCCUGCUAUCCAAAAUAUAUAAAUUAUUCUCGAAAAUAAUAACUACCCGUCUCACACCAAAGCUAGACCAUUAUCAUCCAAAAGAGCAGGCUAGGUUUAGGAAGGGCUACAGCACGACAGAAUACCUGCAAACCAUGAGAACACUAAUCGAAAAGGCUAAAGGCUUUCGACACAGUGGAAAUAUGGGCACUACAGGAAUUAGCCUAAUUAACAACAUUUACCGAAACGCUACUCUACAAAUCCAGCUACACAAACAAUCCGACAAAGUGGCAAUUAAUAGAGAAGUGCGUCAAGGAGAUCCUUUGUCACCCAAGCUCUUCACACUAGUUUUAGAAGACGCACUAAAAAAAAUCGACCUCCAAGACAGAGGCAUCAAUAUCAAUGGCGAAAAACUUAACCACUUAAUGUUUGCAGGCGACAUAGUAGUAGUAGCCGAAAGCAGAGAAGAACUUGUCACACUUAUCGAAGACAUCUACAGAGCCACGAAGCGCAGAGGCCUAUGA